AUGGCGUACAAUGAGCCUGUCCUGCGUCGACUCGACUCGCCCUCAGCCAACGAGAUUGAUUCCGCAGUCCAAGUGCUCAUUGAAGCCUAUACAGGAGACCACACGAUUGAGACAUUGACCGCCGGACUGAAGUCCGCCGAGUCACUUAUGUUUCGAAGGAGCAUAGAGGAGGCGUUGAAGGGCGGCGAGUGCCAUAUUGCUUACGACGGUAGAGACGCAUGCGGCGUGGCAGUUUGGUUGUCCCCACGGUCCGAUUGGCGGUGCCAUGAGGAUUCAUCAUUCAUUGAAGCCCUCGCCAAUGACAUGCGAGAGUGGUAUGCAGAUCACUUCGCGCCAGUUUACGAGAAGCUGUACGCAUCCGCCGGUCUCGAGAGCACCGUGGCACGGAAGGGCGCCUGGAAGCUGUUGUGGUUAGGCGUCAUUCCAAACCAUAGAAGACGCGGGAUUGCCAGCAGACUGAUCGAGACGGUGACAACCAAGGCCGACGAAGACCGCAAAAAAGUAAUCGUGGAAGUCACGGAUCCCGAGAGGGUAAACCAAUUCCAACGCUACGGGUUCAAGUACCGCUCCGUGAAAAACAUCUCGUGUGGAAGAUAUCCUGGCUUCCCUAUCUGGUAUCUCGAGCGGGAGUCCGGUCCCACACCACGCUCAAGCGGCGUGCAACCAUAG